CUUCAAAUAGGCGUAGAACAUGGAUAUCCACACAUAGCAUAGAAGUAGAACAUAGGGCAAGAUAAACGUUACCAAUCAACUCAGGGUUUGAGAGACUUUUGUUUUAUCCGUCCAAAACCUCUGUUGGGCGGUACUCUAGAACCUGCAUCAAAAUGUCUAGAACUACUCACAAGAUCUACGUUGGCAAUCUGCCUCCAGAUACCAAAACUCGAGAUAUCGAGAAUCUAUUUUCGAAGUAUGGUCCGAUUGCGGCAAUCGAUCUGAAAGCUGGACAAAGACGUGGUCCACCGUUCGCAUUCGUUGAGUUCGAAGACGAGCUUGAUGCAUCGGAUGCCGUUCGUGGGCGUGAUGGAUACAACUUUGAUGGGUACGCCUUGCGAGUCGAGUUACCACGCACUGGAGGUUUCAACAAUGGGAAUGGCGGCCCUAACCCUAACCAGUUUCGGCGAGGAGGCUUUAAUCGCGGGGGAGGUGGGGCUAGUGGCCCCUCAAGGAGGUCAGACUUCCGAGUAAUUGUCACGGGUUUGCCACCCACUGGUAGUUGGCAAGAUCUCAAGGAUCACAUGCGUGAAGCUGGCGAUGUUGGGUAUGCCGACGUGUUCCGAGAUGGCACCGGUGUAGUUGAAUUCCUAAGGUACGAGGACAUGAAGUAUGCUAUUAGACGUCUGGACGACUCCAAGUUUCGUUCUCAUGAGGGUGAAUCCUCGUAUAUCCGUGUCCGCGAAGAGAGGGCUGGAGGGUCUCGUUCCAGGUCUCGAUCAUAUGGCUCACCAAGAAGAGGUCGAUCCUACGACUCGUGUUCUAGGUCAAUCAGCCCUCGACGAUAAGACACUGGACAAGUGUGAAAUUUUGUCUUCUGGAUAAUGGAAAGAGAAAACGACCACAUAGGAGGGAACAGCGGAAUAUUAGUUUUGUGGCCACAGGAUGGACUCAGUGCAUCUGAAGGGAUAGGAAUACUAAUGUUUACUGUACAUGUCAGUGGAUUGAUGGAUGCACUUUACCAUGAGUGAUUCUCAGGAGGUCAUACUUCUGCUUCUCCAGAUGGAAAAGGGAGUAGGUGUACAUUGUGGAUCCUAAGUUUGAGUCGAAACCACAAGAUAGUGAAAUGAUCAGUAGGAUAUAAGUUUCAGGAGUCUUGGAUUUCAUCUAAGGAUGGACUUUGGAUUUCUUGGAUUUGCUCACGGAUGCUUGGGAUCGGAUAGCGGAAUGUAGGUUGCAAACCAAGCUGUCAGGAGCAUACUCGUAUCGUAAGUCCUGUACAGAAACACACGCACAACAACGGAUGUUAGAUCACAACUGUUCUGGAACAUAUCUCGCCCAUUAAAUGCUUUGGCGUUCCACCUUUGCAAUGGACCCCAAAACAGUCGAUAGACGUCCAUGAAGGCUAUCGUCGAGCACCCAUUGGACGUAAAUAAAUAAAUCCCGUUUGAUUCUUAAAGCUAGGUAGUCAAUUUCAACGCUGAAAAAUCCUGUUUUCACAUCAGGACUCAACAUUAUUUGCUUUGGUGUCAAAUAAAUUGUUUAAUCUCUUGUGUUGAUAUCACGUGUUGGUAUUAUGAGGUCCAUGUAGUACUGAUCGGGAGCUGGUUGUCACAAAGCGAAGUGACUGCCAGAUGGCAGGUCUACAUAUGAUAUGUUGUGAUGAGAUAAGGUUCUACAAUCUCACAUUCCAUUAAUACCAACUCGAGGAAUUCCUAGCUUGUUGGUCAGGGCCAUUAGUUCUCAAUACUUAAUCGCCAUGAAGAGUCUCCCCGACAGGAAUCGUCUACUAUCUAGAGAAGCAUUCCGGUCGACUUCAUUGCUUGGUCUAUCGCAGACACGGCUUGUCAAUGAGUGUAGGCGGGUGGGGUCCUCAGAGUCGUGACUGACCAUCAAUCGUGGUAUCCAACUCUCUGACUUGGUUGUGAGAAGUACGCUUUCACAAGACAUUGACGCCUCUGUCUACCGCACCAAAAGUUUAGUCUCGUAGUUGCUUAGCUGACCGUGAGUUGCCCUCGGUUAUAACCACGGAAAAUACAUCGUAAAGUGUCGAUCUAUGUAGUGUGUAGAGCUACUGUUUAGUGCUGACUAGUCUAAGGCGCACCAGGGACGUGAAUUAUAAUUGUGUACAAAGAUUGACGUGGUGUUGUGUUCUAAGUCUCAGAGGGGGAUUUCGAAAUCAGGUUGGGAAGUGAAGAAAACAAUAGUUGGGCAUCUUGGUCACGCCAUAUCACACGAAGCUCAGUUUGUCUAGAUUCAAGCUCAAACCGAUGGGCUAUGCCAGUCGACAUUCAUUACGCCAGUAAGUUAUAUUUCUUCAACAUAGCUGUAUGGUGAGACAUGACGUAAACAUUAAUUAACUCAUCUGCGUUAGACCCACCGAGACUGUCCUUCCGGUGAUCAUGUGGACUUCGAAGUGCGUUCUCACGACACAGGUGAACCAAUCUUGUCGAGGGGCUAGUUUCGUUUGCGAAUAAAUUGUGUUUAUUGUUUGUCCCACGACCAGUCGUUUUUCUGUAUAUCUGACUGUCGGUCUGUUAGGGUUGAGCCCAUGGUGUUUGCAAGUGUGGCGAGAUUAUGUUGUCUCUUCAGUGGGAGUUGUUCAGUCUUGGCACCCGGAAGGUCUCGCUCAACAAAAUGGUCGUAUUUAGACAUAAGACCAACGACCAGACCCCCUGGAUUAAUGAGAGGAUAGAAUGCGAGUGACGAGAGUUAGUGCUUAGUUCCGUGGUGAGAUUUCAAAGUUUAUUAUUGUAUCUCGGACUACGCUAG